AGAAACACUGAGGUCCACCUGCUGGACCACAUAGGAGGCCCCUUUAGGGAUCACAAGGCCCCGGAGAGCUCCCUGAUGGUGACAGUGACACCACUGCAGCCUGUUGAGGGCACCAGGCCACCAUCUCCCUGGGCCUGUCUCUUGGCAAGCUUCCAUUUCCCGGCCCUCUUAAUUUUUUCAGACCAGUACAUCAGCAACAGGUGGUAGCAAAGGCCCUGAACAGCAUGGAGUCCAAGGCCCACAUCGGACAGGAGAGGAACCAGGGAGACUCAGAAGGGGCUGGGACCCCCUCCAGCUUGGCACCACCCGCUGGCUCCAUGCCUCCUCCUUGAUUCCUCUCUGCCAUGCCACCCCACUCCAGGUAUUUCUCUGUCCUUCAAAGACAGUGAGUCUCAAGUGGUAUCCCGCUGGUGUCUGUGGCUGGUGGCCAAGGAGCUGAGCUGGCAGAGCUCAGGGAGUUCAGAGAGGGAGAGUGGAAGCAACCCCAACCCCCCCAAGCCAGAACCCCCACAGCCUGGCAGACUUAGCCUGGGCAGAGGCAAGUGGAUGUUUGCAUUGCCAGGGCGGUAGAGGAGCUGAGUGGGGGGGUUCUAGGGGACCCACGGUCACAUGGACAAGAUCUCAUGCCUGGUAUGAGAAAGCCAUGAACUUAAACUCUUCUCUCCAGAUGAAACCCUAGGACUUCGAUGGACUCAGGAAGAGGAAACAAAACAAUGGAAAGCGAGGCCGGCUGGGGGGAGUGGGGGCACCCUUCCCUUCCUGACCACCCUACAAGUGGACAAUAAAAAGCAGAAGAACAGGAGUCUGGGACUGUGAAUUGGGUGCCCAGGCUGGGCCUGCUCACUGUUGAGGAGAGGGGAGGGGGAAGGGGAGUUCACACACAGGAAAGAUGAAUCCGAGGGCAGAGUGAAGAAAGCUGGCAGCGGUCCAGGGUCCUGGACCUCCUCCUCCACAGGAGCCUAGAAUCACGAGAAGGCCCAAGCUGCAGCAGGAUGACAAUGAUGGAUGCAGUUAAUUUAGUGAACCAUGAAUUUACUGCUAUCGUUUUCUUCACUUCGUGCAGCACUGGAGGAAGGGAGUAUCAUUCCCAUCUUCCAGGUGAGAAAACUGAGGAAUCGGAGAGCUCCUCCAGGGGCACAUAACUUCUAAGUGACAGAGUCAGGAUUUGAACCUAGAUCUGCCAGGCCCCCAAGACUCAACUACGAAGGGAGAAACAGGUUAGGGCCCCCAGGAGGAAGGAGCUGGCAGAUCGUCUGAGGGCGGGACUGUGGCUUCUCUGAUCUCAGGCCCCCUCCUCCGCCCAGGCCCCGCCCCUGCCCCUCCCAGCACUGCCUGGAAGUGUGGGGUGAGAGCUCCUCCUAGGACUCCCCUUUCCCCUUGGGGAAGCAAUUGUGCCCCCCAGGGCCUUCCCCGCAGAGGACCCUCUCCUCCUUCCUCAUCAUCUCCCCUCGUGGGACAGAAAGUGCCUCCACCUGCAUCCUCACUUGCCCAGCCUCCAGGGCCUCCUGGCCCCAUAGCAGGCAAGCGAUGACGGUCAAGCUGGAUUUUGAGGAGUGUCUCAAGGACUCCCCGCGUUUCCGAGCCUCUAUUGAGCUGGUGGAAGCUGAAGUGUCAGAACUGGAGACCCGUCUGGAAAAGCUCUUGAAGCUGGGCACCGGUCUCCUGGAAAGUGGGCGCCAUUACCUUACCGCUAGCCGCGCCUUCAUUGUCGGCAUUUGUGACCUGGCCCACCUGGGUCCACCAGAGCCCAUGAUGGCGGAGUGUCUGGAGAAAUUCACUGUGAGCCUGAACCACAAGCUGGACAGCCAUGCGGAGCUUCUAGAUGCCAUCCAACACACGCUGCAGCAGCAGAUCCAGACCCUGGUCAAGGAAGGUCUGCGGGGUUUCCGAGAGGCUCGCCGGGAGUUCUGGCGAGGGGCUGAGAGCCUGGAGGCUGCUCUGACUCACAACGCAGAGGUUCCCAGGCGCCGGGCCCAGGAGGCAGAAGAGGCAGGAGCUGCUUUGAGGACGGCUCGAGCUGGAUACCGAGGACGGGCACUGGAUUAUGCCCUGCAGAUCAAUGUGAUUGAGGACAAGAGGAAGUUUGACAUCAUGGAGUUUGUGCUGCGUUUGGUGGAGGCCCAGGCUACCCAUUUCCAGCAGGGCCAUGAGGAGCUGAGCCGGCUGGCCCAGUAUCGCAAGGAGCUGGGUGCCCAGUUGUACCAGCUGGUCUUGAAUUCAGCACGAGAGAAGAGGGACAUGGAGCAGAGACACGUGCUGCUGAAACAGAAGGAGCUGGGUGGGGAGGAGCCAGAACCAGGCUUAAGAGAGGGGCCUGGGGGCCUGGUGAUGGAAGGACAUCUCUUCAAACGGGCCAGCAACGCAUUUAAGACCUGGAGCAGACGCUGGUUCACCAUUCAGAGCAACCAACUGGUUUACCAGAAGAAGUACAAGGACCCUGUGACUGUGGUGGUGGACGACCUUCGUCUCUGCACAGUCAAACUCUGCCCUGACUCAGAAAGGCGGUUCUGCUUUGAGGUGGUGUCCACCAGCAAGUCCUGCUUCCUCCAGGCUGACUCAGAGCGCCUCCUGCAGCUGUGGGUCAGUGCUGUGCAGAGCAGCAUCGCUUCCGCCUUCAGUCAGUCUCACCUUGAUGACAGCCCCAGGGGUCUGGGCCAGGGCUCGGGACAUCUGGCCAUAGGCUCUGCUGCCACCCUGGGCUCUGGUGGAAUGGCCAGGGGAAGGGAGCCUGGGGGAGUUGGGCACGUGGCAGCCCAGGUACAGAGUGUGGAUGGCAAUGCCCAGUGCUGCGACUGCCGGGAGCCAGCCCCGGAGUGGGCCAGCAUCAACCUUGGUGUCACCCUCUGCAUUGAGUGUUCCGGCAUCCACAGGAGUCUUGGUGUUCACUUCUCCAAAGUCCGGUCUCUGACCCUUGACUCAUGGGAGCCAGAACUAGUGAAGCUCAUGUGUGAGCUGGGAAAUGUCAUCAUCAACCAGAUCUAUGAGGCCCGUGUGGAGGCCAUGGCAGUGAAGAAACCAGGGCCCAGCUGCUCCCGACAGGAGAAAGAGGCCUGGAUUCAAGCUAAAUAUGUGGAGAAGAAGUUCCUGACCAAGCUGCCUGAGAUUCGAGGGCGAAGAGGUGGCCGGGGGCCCCCAAGGGGACAGCCUCCUGUGCCCCCGAAGCCUUCCAUCAGGCCUCGGCCAGGAAGCUUGAGAUCCAAGCCAGAGCCCCUGUCUGAGGACCUGGGAAGCCUGCACCCUGGUGCCCUGCUGUUUCGAGCAUCUGGACAUCCUCCAUCUCUUCCCACUAUGGCCGAUGCCCUUGCCCAUGGAGCUGAUGUCAACUGGGUCAAUGGAGGCCAAGAGAAUGCCACGCCACUGAUCCAGGCCACAGCUGCUAAUUCUCUUCUGGCCUGUGAGUUUCUCCUCCAGAACGGGGCGAACGUGAACCAAGCGGACAGUGCCGGCCGGGGCCCGCUGCACCACGCGACCAUCCUUGGCCACACGGGGCUCGCCUGCCUGUUCCUGAAACGGGGGGCUGAUCUGGGGGCUCAAGACUCUGAAGGCAGGGACCCUCUGACCAUCGCCAUGGAAACAGCUAAUGCUGACAUCGUCACCCUGCUACGACUGGCAAAAAUGAGGGAGGCUGAAGCGGCCCAGGGCCAGGCAGGAGAUGAGACGUAUCUAGACAUCUUCCGAGACUUCUCCCUCAUGGCGUCAGACGACCCGGAGAAGCUGAGCCGGCGCAGUCACGACCUCCACACACUGUGACCCCAGGCCUUCGCGACCCGCGCCUCCCUCCCCCCUCCUCCCCGCCACUGGGCCCUCCGCCAUUAAAGCCAGUGUGCUUCGCUC